AUGUCUGUCAAUCUCCUCGCAAACGGAGGCUUCGAAUCUGGCUCCCUCUCGCCCUGGUUCGCCUCCGCCCCUAAUGUUGCUGUCGUUGAAACGUCCGAUGCCGAGUACACCCCCUACUCCGGCGACUACUACCUCAACCUCCAGACUGCCGUCGGCAACAGAGGCAACACCGCCUCGCAAAAGCUUUCCGGUCUCUCCCCAGGCAUAAACUACACCGUCUCUCUGCAAACCCGUACCCGUGGAGCCGGAGCCGCAAACUACUGCUCUGUGUAUGUCUACGGCGGAAAUAAUGCGACAACCGGUGCGAUUGCCAACAUUGUUGAUACACCGAACGAGUGGACUGAGCUGAAGGGCGGAUACAUGCCCAAGACCAGUGAAGAUGUACUGAAUAUCAUUGCAGCUUGUACAUUCUCGGGGAGCAGCGCGACAGGGCAUGUUUUGUUUGAUGAGGUUGUUUUUGCUCAGUAA